AUGGCCGACGUCACGCCCGCCGCCGCAGCAGGUCGAUUACUAAGGACGCUGGGGCUACCGGAAUCACAGCGACAAAGUCUUGGUCUUCAGCGGGGCACCGGUGUUCCCGCUCCCGGCCGCUGCUCACACGGCGUCGCCUCUGCAGCAGUCCACGCUCUCCAUUGUUCGACAGAGGAAGCCCCUGAGGCGAUCUCGCCAACAAUUUCCCUCGAGCUCGAAGCUUGGCCUUCAGAGCCAUCGACGCCAUCCACCGCCGAGUCGUCCGAGUGCGAUUCCGUCGGCCCCUCGACGAUCCCCCCGGCCCUGCGACGCAGGUAUUCGCACUAUUCGCCGCUUGGCAGGUUACGAGGACACUCGCGAACCAAUUCCCUCGACUCGACGGCGUCUAUCGCCUCGUCUUCCUCUACAUCCUCCACGCGGUCACGCUGGAACAUCUUCGCGCCGGUGCUGGACGAAUUGACGGCCUCAAACCACCGAUCCGACUACGCCAGCGACAAGAAGAGCAGGCAGUCAAGAGAGGUUUGGAGGGAGUACUGCGGGUUCACAAAGUUCCGCGCCGGCCUAACCGCUGCCGGCUGCGCAGCCAUCAUCUUCACGGGCGCAACAUACGGCGCUGGGCUCAAGACGCAGGAAGAAUGGACGGAAGAACGACAAAAGUUCCAUGGGUCGCCAUAUGAUGAGCAAAUUGCGCUCCUGGAGGGCCAGCGAAUCCGCCUUCUUUCUGAGCGUCGAAACUGGGAGAGAAAGUCGACGGCAUUGGAGGAGAGGAUACGUGCGAGAGGAGCGAAGAAGUCAGACAGCUGA